GCCAAUCCAAUCCCCGUUUUUUGUUGUGUUCGUUGCAGUUUCGGGCUUUCGCUGUUCGUUACCGUGCUUUACCCCAAAGCGAGCGUGUUGUUUUGCGUCAUCAACUGGCGACAUGAAAAUAUGUGAGACUUUGCAGCUGUCAGGCGACCGUAUAGCCGAAUAUUCGCUUUCGAGCGUAAGCACAUUGUGAACAGACCGCAUCUCAGUUUUCGCAGAUAUGGCUUCAGAAGGCAGCCCGCACGAAAUGGCCGCCGUACCGGACAAGGCGAACCGUAGGGAGUUGUGCGAAAUUAUCUGCACGCAAAAAGAAAAACUCCAGCGCUACGAGGCCCGGCUCGGAGACCUUGUUCGUGCGUACAAAAGUCUGCAGAAAGAAAAGGAUGCCCUCGAACUGAGCCUGAAGGCACUGACGUCAUCAAAAGCCAGCGAAAAAGCCCGUGCAAGCACAUCAAAUGAAUCCUUGACUGGAAAGGAAAGUGAAAAAAAGUCAGAACCAAGUCCAGCAUCAAAAGCUGAUGCGCAAGAAGAUGAAAACCCACCCAGUGAUUCUGCACAGGGUGAUGCUUCUGAAGACCAUGUGGCUGCGCUGUCUCAGGCACUGUCUACACUCUCGGAAGAGAAGGCCCGCAUGGAGGCUGCCUUCCAGGCAGACCGUAAGCGACUCAUCCAGGAGAAGGAGGCUGCGCUGCACCAAGUCGAGGAAGUCCAAAGAAACGCAGAGGAGCAGGCCACUUCUCUGGAAGCCAAGAUGACUGAGCUGCGAUCAAAGUUGCGCGAGGAGCAGCUGGCUCGUGAGCAGGAGCAGAGUGACCAUGCAGCGAUGCUGAGGGAACUUCAACGCCUGCUGUCCGAGGAACGAACUCUUCGUGAGAACUUGGAAGACAAGCUUGAGGAAGCCACAAGGAAAGCUGCUCAGGCAGACUUGGCGAAGGAGUACGAGGCCAAAGUCGAGAAACUGACUCAGGAGUUGGACGAGGUGCGCAAACGACUGCUUGCAUCAGAGGAGAAGCUGAGGCAGCCUUCCCCACUGCUUCUCAAGCUGCAGCAGGAGCUGGUGGAGGUCAAGGCUCAACACCAGGCUGCACUGGAGCAGGAGAAGAAACGGUCAGGACAUGCUCAGGCACGUCUGCACCAGCAGACAUCAGGAAGUGAGGCGCGGGUUGCUAGCCUGGAGAGCCGACUACAGGAGCUGUCCCAGGCAGUGGGCACGUAUGACCGGCUGCGCAUGCAAGACCGUGCGGCCAUCCAACGACUGCGUGAGCGUCUUUCGCAGCUCGCCCAAGAGAAUGCAGCUUUAGCAAGCGCUGCAGGCAUAGGCGCCAAGGCUGCAGAACUGCCUUCCCAGGACAGCAACCUGGAUGUGAAGACCUUGCUCGACCGGUUUGGCAAGAUGCGCCUGCUGCUGAAGGAGUCGAACCAGCGUGCUGAGAGGCCUGUUGACCUGAUUGCAUACUUCCGCGAGCUGGCAGAAGAGGAAGUCCUCGGCCUUCACGCCAAAUGCCGAGAAGAGCUUCGCCAACUCAAGGAUGAGUUUGAACAGUACAAGGCUCAUGCCCACUCUGUGCUGCAGGGUACAGGCAGCCAAGGCAGCUAUGCCAAGGGUCAGGAGUCUUCAGCAGAGUUGGAUCGGCUCAGGCAGCAAGUGAAGGACCUUCAGGGGCAGCUGAGGACACAGCGGGCUCAGUUCGAGGCGCAAGAGCAGAUGAGCAGGGAGACUACUACAAAGCUCCAGCGCGCCCUGUCAGAUGCGGACCUGCAGCACGAGCAGGAGCGGCAGCGCCUGGAACAGCGUUGGAGCAGCAAGCUGUCGGAGUUGGAGUCCCUGAUGCAGGCGCAAAGAGAUCGUUCACUGGCUCUAGUGGAGGAGAAGGAUCGCGAGCUGCAGGCACUGCGCGCCACACUUGCCAGCUUGGAGUCCGAGAACCAACGCUACGACUGGCAGGCGCAGCGCGAAGCCGUCAGCAGCAGCGGCUUGGCCGUGGAUGUCUCAGGUGACCGGGAUGGAAGCUCUGAUGCUCAGGGCGAUGCCUUGGAUCCCCUUCUCUCCGAGUUGCUGUCGAAGAAUUUGGGCUUUGCUUCGAAGGACGGCAGAAGUAAGGCCGAAUGGCAGCUGCUGCACUAUGCCCAAGAGCUGGCCCGCAAGGAUGCCGAGCUCCUGCGAACCCUGAGGGAGAAGAGAGACGUGGAGUCUGCGCUCAGGGACCUGCAGAGGUCGGUGCUGCUCAAAGAGCAGAAGGAUGCCCAGGAGAGGGAAGCCCUGAGGCUGCGUCUGUCCCAGCUAGAGCACAUGCCUGGACCCAGCGACAGUGGCAAGGUGAACCUACAGUACCUCAAGAAUGUAGUGCUGCAGUAUUUGCUGUGCAACGAAGCCCCAGCGCGUAAGCACAUGCUCAAUGCAAUCGCCGUGGGUCUCCGUUUUACACCCCGCGAGGCGCAGCUGGCUCGACAAGCAGCUCAGGCCUGGUGGUGAAUGUUUCCUGAACCUUCCUGCUACGAAAACAGUAUGCGUGUUGACCAGAGACGCAUCCAACCAUGGCAUUUUGGGGUACAGCUUGAACUAGCUCUAUUUGUGUUAGUGUUCUUGCAUUAGUUAUCUUCUACCAGGGACAAAAUUGUUUCUAAAGCCGGUAACUGCAUCUUAAAGUGGAGCGUGAUGCACCAGUUACUUGGAUAACAUAAUGGCCUGUUGCUUUUGCUUCACUGGCUGUGUGUUCUGGUGCCAUCAGACCUAACUCAAACGCAUAAUGGUGUAACUUGCUUCACAGCUUUGGCUGCUGGAUCCAAGUUAUUUCCACAAGUCAACAUACAGCCCCUGCCAACAAUGGAUGUGGUCACUGUGUAGAUACAACGGCUGGUGAAAUGAUUGAUUACAUUUACAGUUUACAUUUCGGAUACCGGUUUGUGGUGAUGACUCAGAUCCAGCAGUCAAUGCUCCACAGUGCUGACUGUAAUGCAAGCCAUGUGCUUAAGUGAAAUCUGAUGGCAAUAGUACAUCAGUGUCGUUGUGAAGUUGUACCAAAGCACAAUAGAACUUGCUUACUGUGGGAACAACCUGUUAUAGCAAGAGAUUGUAGUGAUCCUUAUGCAUCGGGACUGCAGUUUCCAACGUAACAUAGAUAACUGCAGCCUUCGAACUUUUUUUUUUUUUUUCGUAUGUAUGUGUAUAAAGUGGUGUUGUAUAAAUGUACGAAUAGGACAAAACUUGAUUGCUGAGGCUUAUCUGAGGAUCGAGAUGUUCAAUUGUGCAUUUCUCUUUGGAGUAAGCAGUAAUCUUGGGUGUUUUAAAUGUCACUAGUGUUGCUAGCUUCACAUGCCUUGAACACAACGGUGUUGGAAGAGCAACACAAACACAGGGAGCAGGAUGUAAGGCAUUUUGUUUUUAUUUUGCACAGUCAUGUAAAACUUCCAGCUAAUAUUUUUUCUGACUUGGUAAGUGGGAAUAUAUACUCUGCGCACAGAGAUUGAACCAAGUGUAAGAUGUCUCAAAAUAUUAAAGAUUAUUAUUUUCUUAC